CCUACAGUGUUAGUGAAAACAUCUCUGCAAUUGAGUUAUAAGUGUUCGAUUUUCCAUUAUAAGAGAUCGGAUGGGAAGAAUGGCGAUAGGACGGAUAAUCGUAUUAUCCGCGUUAAUUGCUCAAGCAUUAUCAGCGCCAAGUGGCUGCAUAGAAACCUGCAACUUCCUCCAAACGAAUGUUCGGCAAACGUUGGGUAGUUAUCAAGAUCAUGCGAAUUUAGUUCAAGGAACGACACAUCUAAAUGAUCAUGAUUACACCAGACCAGGAAAUUGGACCGAACAUAAUCAGUACAACACGGACAGUGGACAUGGCAAGGUUCACGAAGAACGAGGACAAUACGUAGAAGGAUCAAAAAGGGUACGGUAUUAUAAAAAGAAUUUUACCUCGUCCUACGGCACAGAUAACGUACAUGGAGUGAAUGCAGCGGAAUUAGGCGAAUUGAGCGGACAACACAGAUAUGAUUCUUUACACGUGCCAAGUAAUCAGCAUCUCGAUUCCCAAAGCGCAUAUGAUCUAGGACAGACAGUCAUAAAGGAGACUGGAUAUAAUAGAGUGCACAGCCAACAAACAGAUUCAUUGUCAACAAGACUCAAUAGCAAGAGCGAGAAGCUGGAAGAUUUUGGAGAAUAUGAUGGAUAUUCGCAGGUGAAUCAACACAUUCCCAGCACUAACACUCACGCGAUCGACACGCAGCAUAAUGUCGAAACAGUUCCCAAUAAUUGGAGCAGAGCAGAUUCUUACAGGACUGAUGGAGGUCGUGGACAGGUCUUCGAGGAGGAAGGUCAAUACGUAACCGGACCCAAAAAGGUCCGCUAUUAUCAGAAAAACUAUACAUCCAGCUAUAGUUCGGGCGUUCCUCAAAGCAGCGGUAGCUCAGUGAAACUGGAUGAAUUACACAACGAAAUGCAAAGGAACUUGCAGAAAGAUCUCGACAAUUUUAGAAGGACUUUUCAAGUCUCUAGCACCGGCCAUACUGCCUCCACCACGCACGUAGGUUCGACUCAGGAAGCAGUCGGUAUCCACGAUUUGCAGACCGCCGAGAAUGAUUAUAGGCAACAUUUGGGCUACCGGGGCGUUCCAUCCACCGGAAGUGUGCAUCAUUAUACUGAUCAGCAGCAAAGAGAAACACUCACCGAUAUAAGGCAGCCAUAUUCGUAUCCUACUGCGGCCACAAAUACGUAUGACACGGAGAGCCACAGAGCUUAUCAGAGCCACGAGACCCACGCGUCCCGAGUACAUCCCGUGCCUCAAUCGAGUCACUCAUCUCUCGGUUAUCUGCAAGUUCCCAGAGACAGUUUUCAAACGAAUUAUCACAAUACGCAUUCGAGUGGACGUCACCUGGACGACACCCGUCAUACGGAUGUCUUGGGCACACAUCAGUCUAACGUGCUUCAAAAUCAGUUGCUCACUCAGGAGAAUUCCCAGCGCGUGUAUAAUCCGCAUUCGAGUCAUCCUACUUAUCCUAGCAGACAUGCCUGGAGCUCUUCCAGUCACGGGGGAAGCGUAGCUCCAGAGCGGACCAUCGCGGAUCAUUCUAGACACAGUGUUGGUCACGCGGAAAGAGCGCAUUACGAUCGGGACGCAUACAACGAGCAUCAUGGACGUUAUCAUACCGCUCAGGGAUACGAGUCUCGUGCGCGUACUAGCGGAAGCAGUUAUGAUUCUGGGUAUAGAGCAAACUCGGCGCAACUCGUCGCCGGAUCGCUGGACUUGGGCCACGCAGCGCAUGGCGCCGAUUGUACCGAGGAGACUCAUCAGCAAUAUCAACACGAAACCAGAUAUCAUAGGAAAUACAAGCGAGACGCUUAUCAUGGCAACGCUCAGGAGCACCAAGCAGUUGAAAACGAGGAUUUCACGCAGCAAAAUCAGGAGUUCGGUCAAGAGUCGCAACAAUUAAAAGAUUUGACACAGCAGAGUGAACAAUUUACACAGCAGACACAAGGAUCCGAUGAUUUUACGCAACAAACGAGUGGUAAGCUUGAACUCGGCCAGCAAACUAUUGAUAAUCAGCACUUGGAUGAUUCAAAGCAGCAAAGUGAACAAUUCACACAACAGACGGAAGCUCAACUUGAAUUUGGCCAGCAGACUGUCAAUAAUCCGCAUUUAGAAGACUUAACGCAGCAGAGUGAACAAUUCACGCAGCAGACACAAGGAUCCGAUGAUUUUACGCAACAAACGAGUGGUAAGCUUGAACUCGGCCAGCAAACUGUUGAUAAUCAGCACUUGGACGAUUUAAAGCAGCAAAGUGAACAAUUCACACAACAGACGGAAGGUCAACUUGAAUUUGGCCAGCAAACUGUCAAUAAUCCGCAUUUAGAAAAUUUAACGCAACAGAGUGAACAAUUCACGCAGCAGACACAAAGAUCCAAUGAUUUUACGCAACAAACGAGUGGCAAGCUUGAAUUUGGCCAGCAAACUGUUGAUAAUCAGCGUUUGGAUAAUUUGAAGCAGCAAAGCGAACAGUUCACGCAACAGACGGAAGGUCAACUUGAAUUUGGCCAGCAAACUGUCAAUAAUCCGCAUUUAGAAAAUUUAACGCAGCAGAACGAACAAUUUACACAAGAGAUACAAGGGCAUGAUCAUCUCACGCAACAAACGAGUGGUAAGCUUGAACUCGGACAACAAACCAUUGAUAGUCAACAUUUAACACAGCAAAGUGAACAACUUACGCAGCAAACGGAGGGACAGCUUGAAUUUGGCCAACAAACUGUCGAUAAUCCGCAUUUAAAAGAUUUAACACAGCAGAACGAACAGUUUACACAACAGACACAAAGACUUGAUCAUUUCACGCAAACGAGUGGUAAGCUUGAAUUCGGCCAGCAAACCGUCGAUAAUCAUCAUUUGGAUGAUUUAACACAACAAAGUGAACAAUUCACGCAGCAAACGGAGGGUCAACUUGAGUUUGGCCAGCAGACUGUCGAUAACCCACACUUAAAAGAUUUAACGCAACAAGACUCCGACGGUUUUAGUCAACAAACGAGUGGUAAACUUGAAUAUGGCCAACAAAUCAGCAAUAAUCAGCAUUUGGAAGAUUUAAUGCAGCAGAAUCAACAGUUUACACAAGGAUCUGAUGAUUUCACGCAACAGACGAGUGGUAAAAUUAUAUUUGGACAGCAAGCUAAUGACACUCAACAAUUAGAGCAAUUUACACAGCGAACAGCAAGAUCAGAUAGUUUAACCCAACAAAUUCAACUAGGUAAACAUGAAUUCGGACAGCAAAUUAAUAAUCAACACCUAGAAGAUCCGUUACGACAAAGUGAACAGUUUGCACAGACACUGAGAUCGGAUGAUUUUACACAACAAUCUGUUGGUAAACUGGAAUUCGGUCAACAAACGCAAUCAAUAAAUAAACCUGCCAAGCCAAAAAGUCAACGCUUGGAGGAAUUCAAUGAGCAAAAUCAAGAUUUCACUCAACAGACGGGAGGAUUUGAUGAUUUUACGCAACAAAUAGGACACCUAGAAUUUGGACAACUGCAACAACCAAAAGACAGCAACCAUCAUUUGGAAGAUUUCGCUCAACAGAAUGAAGACCUAACUCAACAGACUGGAGGAUUCGAUGAUUUCUCACAACAAACAGCAGGACAUUUGUAUGGACAACAAAGAGAACAACAGCAGAGACCUAGUUGGCCGGGACAUAAUACACAACACUUGAAACAUUAUUCACAACAAAAUGAUUGGAAUACAGACGAUCUUUCGCAACAAUCGCGCCAAUAUUCAGCUUAUAACAAAAAUAAUAAACAACUCGAAUGGCAAUUAGAACAAACAAAUUUCGAACGAGAUUUUCUUCAACAAACCGAUCAAGAUCAAAUAACAACUAAUGUAAAACCAGCACCAAAACCAAAACCAAGACCACGAUAUCAAAAACACGAUUCCAUUCCGCCACGUACAGAUAGAACAGAUACAAUUAUUGAUGACGUUUUUAAACCAGUUGAGGUAAACCCGGAGCCUGAUAUAGACAACUUCCGUGGAAGAAUUAUCGAAUCUGGCAGUCGCGCAACAUAUCCUGAAUCCAAUCAUCAUACAUCGACGAUAUUGUACUCGACUCAAGGAAGCAACGCAUUUCACAAUCAAAGGGAAAAUAUAGAUCGUUUACAUUGGGUGCAUAACUCAAAUGAUGCUACAGUAGGUUUGCAGUGGCAUUAUACUUAUCAUCCAAGUGACUUAACUAACGUUGAAGGUUCACAUGACAAUUAUUAUCCCCGUCAUAACGUUAACUCGAUGUCACAGCAAACAGAAGAUACACAACAACAAUUUAAACCAAUUGAUUUUCAUCAACAAGAAACACAAGACAAGGACAGAUUAGAAAAUAAGCAUCAAAAUUCGUACAUUUCUCAAUCAUCGGAACAUGAUGAAUAUAAUCAACAAUCAGAAUCUCAACAAAGUGAAACGUUCCGCUUUGACGAUCAAUUUAAUCAAGAUUCUGAACAAACCGCGAGAGUUAUUCCAUUGCAACGCAACGAAAAGACUCAGUUGAUUCUAGAACAAGAGAAACGGUCGGUGUCGACUACUGAACAAACAGAAAAUAAACCAGAGUCACGAAUCUUGCAAGCGUAUGGCGGAGGGCCAUAUGCAUCGCGUAGUGAUGAUUUUUAUAUCAGAAUUAGACCGAAUCCCAGUGCUACCUUACCACCCAUUGAUGGUGAUGAUUCAUGGGAUAUCAGAGAAAAACCAAGAGAAGCAAUAAUACCACGAUCUACAGUGCAUAAUACACAAGAAUAUAUAACUACAACAGAAGUGGCAGAAACAACAACAGAGAUAACGCAGACGACAAUCCAGCCAUCGUUUUGGAGCAGAGUUGGUCAUAAAAUAACUAGUACAUACGACAAGGCCAAGGAAAAAGCUAAGGAGAUCUUUGGCUAGAUUACAUCCUUAUUUAAGAAUUACUUAUUUAUGCACGGAAAAAUUUCUUUCGCAUUCUAAGUUGAAUUGUUACAUUUAUUUAUGAUGUACUUGCAGUUACUAAUAAAAUCAAAGCGAAUCAAGAAUGAAACUCA